AACUUAAUGACGUAAAAUAAAAUCUUAAUAACACGUCAAAAAUGCAAUAAGUUUAAUUCACAGGAUUGAUUAAUUUUGGCUUUUGUAUAUUUAUAAUUAUGCAUAAACCUAAAUAAAUAUCUCUAAACUUUACAUGAUAAUAACGUAUUAUAAACGGGAGAAAAAAUUUCGAGGAAAAUAUUAGUUAAAGGGUAUUGGAUAUUGGAAAAAGUGUAGUCUGAACAUUGAGCCGCAAAAAUGAGUUUUUCCAGCGACGAAGUAAACUUUUUAGUCUAUAGAUAUCUGCAAGAAUCCGGUUUUGUACAUUCGGCUUUUGUGUUUGGUGUGGAAUCUCAUAUUUCGCAAAGCAACAUAAAUGGCGCUUUGGUACCACCGGCUGCUCUUCUCACUAUUCUUCAGAAAGGCCUAAUGUAUACAGAAGUUGAAUGGAGCGUUGGUGAGGAUGGUGAAGCUGGACGUUCAGUCGAAGGGUUAAGUUUAAUUGAUGCCGUUAUGCCCGAAGUAAAGCCACCAAAACCAACAGCUGUAAAAUCAGAACCUGGGAAAGCCAGUGCGGACAGCAGUAGCGCAACUGCAUCGUCAACGACAACAGGCGGUGUCGUAAAAUCGGAAGUAAAAUCGGAGGGCAAUGCUCCAGGAGCGUCGACAAACAAUGAACAAAACUCGGGGGGAGCUCCAUCCGCAUCUGCUGAUUCUAAUGAAACUGAUAGUAAUACUAAUUCAGCUGCAAAUAGUACAACGUCUGUUCCACCAUCCGCCGGAACUGCUAAUAGUACAGCUGGGACAACUAGUGACGCAUCUUCAACUGGAAAUAAAAAGACGAACCCCUCCGAAACAACAUCUGGCAGUUCUUUAGCCACAAAUGAUCUUACAACAAAUACAAAUGUCAAUAAUGGCAUUAACGCAGGUACUAACGCUAAUGUCAAUGAACCAACAACAACCACAAAUUCAGUAGUGACCGGUUCAACAACUGGAACAAAUAUUUCGGGAGCCGGUACUACUACUGCUUCAAGCGGCAGUGCUGCUAAUAAUAACCCAGCUCCAGGUAGCUCUGAUAUUUUGACCCAGAUACAAUUGGGUAAUACAGCUUCAACAACAGGAACAGAACCAAUGGAUAUCGAUCAAGGAAUUGAGAUACCUGCCUCUAAAGCAACAGUUUUACGUGGACAUGAGAGCGAGGUCUUCAUAUGUGCCUGGAAUCCCAGCAGAGACCUUCUUGCAAGUGGUUCUGGUGAUAGCACUGCACGUAUAUGGGAUAUGUCUGAUGCAACCAGUAGCCCUAACCAAUUAGUUUUACGCCAUUGCAUUCAAAAGGGAGGUGCAGAAGUUCCAAGCAACAAAGACGUUACAUCAUUAGAUUGGAAUUGCGAUGGCACGUUGCUAGCUACUGGCAGUUAUGAUGGAUACGCACGCAUAUGGAAAACUGAUGGUCGCUUAGCAUCAACUCUCGGUCAACAUAAGGGUCCAAUAUUUGCAUUAAAAUGGAAUAAACGGGGUAAUUAUAUACUCUCGGCUGGUGUUGAUAAAACUACUAUAAUCUGGGAUGCUUCUACUGGACAAUGUAACCAACAAUUUUCUUUCCACAAUGCACCCGCUCUCGAUGUCGAUUGGCAAACAAAUGUAUCAUUCGCUUCGUGUAGUACUGAUCAACGUAUCCAUGUGUGUCGCCUUGGCUCAGAUAUGCCCAUUAAAACAUUUAAAGGUCAUACUAAUGAGGUGAACGCUAUAAAGUGGUGCCCACAGGGUCAAUUGCUUGCCUCCUGCUCAGACGAUAUGACACUGAAAAUUUGGAGUAUGAAGCAAGACAAAUGCUGUCAUGAUUUACAAGCACAUUCUAAGGAAAUCUAUACAAUCAAAUGGUCUCCCACUGGACCAGGAACACAAAAUCCUAACACGAAUCUAAUACUUGCUUCCGCGUCAUUUGACUCCACCGUACGUCUAUGGGAUGUUGAGCGUGGUACAUGCAUUCAUACUCUUACGAAACAUACAGAGCCUGUCUAUUCGGUAGCAUUUAGUCCAGACGGAAAAUAUUUAGCGUCAGGAAGUUUCGAUAAAUGCGUACAUAUUUGGAGUACUCAGUCGGGACAGUUAGUACACAGUUACAAAGGCACAGGUGGUAUUUUUGAGGUCUGCUGGAAUUCCAAGGGCACUAAAGUGGGUGCCAGCGCUUCGGACGGUAGCGUUUUUGUGUUGGAUUUAAGAAAAAUCUGUAGACAGAAUAUUAAGAAGUGUAGCCGCAACAUGAGUUUUUCCAGCGACGAAGUAAACUUUUUGGUUUAUAGAUAUCUGCAAGAAUCUGGUUUUGUACAUUCGGCUUUUGUGUUUGGUGUGGAAUCUCAUAUUUCGCAAAGCAACAUAAAUGGUGCUUUGGUACCACCGGCUGCUCUUCUCACUAUUCUUCAGAAAGGCCUAAUGUAUACAGAAGUUGAAUGGAGCGUUGGAGAGGAUGGUGAAGCUGGACGUUCAGUUGAAGGGUUAAGUUUAAUUGAUGCCGUUAUGCCCGAAGUAAAGCCACCAAAACCAACAGCUGUAAAAUCCGAACCUGGGAAAACCAGUGCGGACAGCAGUAGCGCAGCUGCAUCGUCGACGGCAACAGGUGGUGUCGUAAAAUCGGAAGUAAAAUCCGAGGGCAGUGCCCCAGGAGCUUCGACAAGCAAUGAACAAAACUCGGGAGGAGCUCCAUCCACAUCUGCUGAUUCUAAUGAAACUGAUAGUAAUACUAAUUCAGCUGCAAACAGUACAACAUCUGGAGCUCCAUCCAUUGGAACUGCUAAUUCUACAACUGGUACAACUAGUGACGCAUCUUCAACUGGAAAUAAAAAGACCAACCCCUCCGAACCAACAUCUGGCAGUUCCUUAGCCACAAAUGAUCUUGCAACAAAUACGAAUGUCAACAACGGCAUUAACGCAGGCACUAACGCUAAUGUCAAUGAACCAACAACAACCACAAAUUCAGUAGUGACCGGUUCAACAACUGGAACAAAUAUUUCGGGAGCCGGUACUACUACUGCUUCAAGCGGCAGUGCUGCUAAUAAUAACCCAGCUCCAGGUAGCUCUGAUAUUUUGACCCAGAUACAAUUGGGUAAUACUGCUUCAACAACAGGAACAGAACCAAUGGAUAUCGAUCAAGGAAUUGAGAUACCUGCCUCUAAAGCAACAGUUUUACGUGGACAUGAGAGCGAAGUCUUCAUAUGUGCCUGGAAUCCCAGCAGAGACCUUCUUGCAAGUGGUUCUGGUGAUAGCACUGCACGUAUAUGGGAUAUGUCUGAUGCAACCAGUAGCCCUAACCAAUUAGUUUUACGCCAUUGCAUUCAAAAGGGAGGUGCAGAAGUUCCAAGCAACAAAGACGUUACAUCAUUAGAUUGGAAUUGCGAUGGCACGUUGCUAGCUACUGGCAGUUAUGAUGGAUACGCACGCAUAUGGAAAACUGAUGGUCGCUUAGCAUCAACUCUCGGUCAACAUAAGGGUCCAAUAUUUGCAUUAAAAUGGAAUAAACGGGGUAAUUAUAUACUCUCGGCUGGUGUUGAUAAAACUACUAUAAUCUGGGAUGCUUCUACUGGACAAUGUAACCAACAAUUUUCUUUCCACAAUGCCCCCGCACUCGAUGUCGAUUGGCAAACAAAUGUAUCAUUCGCUUCGUGUAGUACUGAUCAACGUAUCCAUGUGUGUCGCCUUGGCUCAGAUAUGCCCAUUAAAACAUUUAAAGGUCAUACUAAUGAGGUGAACGCUAUAAAGUGGUGCCCACAGGGUCAAUUGCUUGCCUCCUGCUCAGACGAUAUGACACUGAAAAUUUGGAGUAUGAAGCAAGACAAAUGCUGUCAUGAUUUACAAGCACAUUCUAAGGAAAUCUAUACAAUCAAAUGGUCUCCCACUGGACCAGGAACACAAAAUCCUAACACGAAUCUAAUACUUGCUUCCGCGUCAUUUGACUCCACCGUACGUCUAUGGGAUGUUGAGCGUGGUACAUGCAUUCAUACUCUUACGAAACAUACAGAGCCUGUCUAUUCGGUAGCAUUUAGUCCAGACGGAAAAUAUUUAGCGUCAGGAAGUUUCGAUAAAUGUGUACAUAUUUGGAGUACUCAGUCGGGACAGUUAGUACACAGUUACAAAGGCACAGGUGGUAUUUUUGAGGUCUGCUGGAAUUCCAAGGGCACUAAAGUGGGUGCCAGCGCUUCGGACGGUAGCGUUUUUGUGUUGGAUUUAAGAAAAAUCUAAAUUUUAGUUUAACUAUUCUAUGAUAUAUGAACAAUUAUUAUAAGAUAGUAUUUGAACAUUAAUUAAAGGAAUGAAGCAUUAAAAUAAAAACUUUAGUUAUAAACAUUAAAAGUA